AUGGGUCUAAAUAGUGAAUUCAAUAUGGGUCUAAAUAGUGGAUUCAAUAUGGGUCUAAAUAGUGAAUUCAAUAUGACUCUAAAUAGUGAAUCCAAUAUGGGUCUAAAUAGUGGAUUCAAUAUGGGUCUAAAUAGUGAAUCCAAUAUGACACUAAAUAGUGGAUUCAAUAUGGGUCUAAAUAGUGAAUCCAAUAUGGGUCUAAAUAGUGGAUUCAAUAUGACACUAAAUAGUGGAUUCAAUAUGGCUCUAAAUAGUGGAUUCAAUAUGGGUCUAAAUAGUGGAUUCAAUAUGGGUCUAAGUAGUGAAUCCAAUAUGACACUAAAUAGUGGAUUCAAUAUGGGUCUAAAUAGUGAAUUCAAUAUGGGUCUAAAUAGUGAAUCCAAUAUGGGUCUAAAUAGUGGAUUCAAUAUGGGUCUAAAUAGUGAAUUCAAUAUGACUCUAAAUAGUGAAUUCAAUAUGACUCUAAAUAGUGAAUUCAAUAUGGGUCUAAAUAGUGGAUUCAAUAUGACUCUAAAUAGUGAAUUCAAUAUGGGUCUAAAUAGUGGAUUCAAUAUGACACUAAAUAGUGAAUUCAAUAUGACUCUAAAUAGUGGAUUCAAUAUGGGUCUAAAUAGUGGAUUCAAUAUGAUUCUAAAUAGUGGAUUCAAUAUGAUUCUAAAUAGUGGAUUCAAUAUGAUUCUAAAUAGUGAAUUCAAUAUGAUUCUAAAUAGUGGAUUCAAUAUGACUCUAAAUAGUGAAUUCAAUAUGACACUAAAUAGUGAAUUCAAUAUGGGUCUAAAUAGUGGAUUCAAUAUGACACUAAAUAGUGAAUCCAAUAUGGGUCUAAAUAGUGAAUUCAAUAUGACUCUAAAUAGUGAAUUCAAUAUGACUCUAAAUAGUGAAUUCAAUAUGACUCUAAAUAGUGGAUUCAAUAUGGGUCUAAAUAGUGAAUCCAAUAUGACACUAAAUAGUGAAUUCAAUAUAACUCUAAAUAGUGAAUUCAACAUGACACUAAAUAGUGAAUUCAAUAUGACUCUAAAUAGUGAAUUCAAUAUGACUCUAAAUAGUGAAUUCAAUAUGACUCUAAAUAGUGAAUUCAACAUGACACUAAAUAGUGAAUUCAAUAUGACUCUAAAUAGUGAAUUCAACAUGACACUAAAUAGUGAAUUCAAUAUGACUCUAAAUAGUGGAUUCAAUAUGAGUUAA